UUUUUACAUUUUACGGUAUUUUACGAUUUGCGCCGUUUGCUCCGUUUGCAGUUAAAGGUUAAACUCAGGUUAAAGUGACUGAAUGCAGAAUAUAGCCUCCAAAAAAUGAACUCCUCUACUAAUAAAAAUACUUGUAUAAACAAAAAAGAAAUUGACCUUGCCUUAGGUGAAUUUUUCUUUGGAUGCAACAUACCAAUGAAUGUUGUAAAAUCUCCACGAUUUAAAAGAUUUCUACAGCUGCUAAACUCAAGUUAUCUUCCACCGACAAAAAAAUCUCUUUCUAAAAUGAUUCUGGAUAAAACUCAAGGUUCUGAAGGAGUUCUCAUAUGCGAUGGGUGGAAAAAUUCAGCAGCCAACACAAAAAAUGUGUGUAUAAUUCACAAUGUUAAUGAAAAAAGCAUAUUUCUUAAAUCCUGGGAUUUUACUGAAUUAAGGGAAACGUCUCAGCAGUUAAAAGAUAUGGUCAACGAAGCUGUACAAUUAGCAAACAAAAAAUUUAAAAUUUCUAUAUAUGCUGUAGUUUCUGACAAUGCGUCGCCAAUGAUUGCCAUGGGACGGCAAGUAAAUAUUUGGCAUUCUACUUGCCGUAGUCACAGUGCCAAUUUAUUAGCGAAAUCUCUCGUACCGAUGGAUUUCGCACAAUCUGUUAGUAAUUUAUUACGAGAAUUUAGAACGGCAAGCACAGAAAGAGAAUUAAAAAAUCGCGGGAGAUCUAGAAUUAUGUUGCCAUGCCAAACAAGGUGGUGCAGUUAUCGCGAUGCUUUCAGAUGUUGCUUAAAAAAUUUACAUUUAAUGAGAACUCUAGUAGAUGAACAAAAGGUUACAUUUGCUACGCAUAAUUUACAAUUGUUAAGCGAAUAUUCGUUUGAGACUCAAUUACAAGACUGCAUUAUACUCUUCGAUCCUAUAUGUGAACUCAUAAAUCGGUGUCAACGAUCUGACGCAAGAAUAGCAGAUGCCUGUGAGGAAUGGCUAAAACUAAAUAUUCCAACGGAUGAAGAUUUCAUUAUAAAAACGUUCCAAGCUCGUCUGAAAAAGGUUUUAACUCCAAUUGUUCUUGCUGCAAACCUUAUGCACCCACAGUAUCAGGAUAAACAAUUUUUUCAUCAAGAGAAUGAAAGAGCAAUGGCUCUAGAUUUUAUAACAGAACAGUUAGAUAUUGAAGAUCAAUCAGGAUUGGAUAAUUAUCUAAACAAUGCAGGUAUCUUUCAAACCUUGCAGAAGAAAGGGAUAAAAUCAGCACAGACAUUCUGGGGUCUUGCAGCAACACUACAUCCUCAUCUGUCAUCACUCGCGCGGAAAUUGUUAAAAAUACCUGCAGCAUCGGCCCAAAUUGAACGUUUAUUUUCUAAUUGGUCUUUUGUACAUUCUACUUACGAAAUCGUUUGAGCGUUGAAAGAUCUGAGAAAUUAGUGAAUGUAUAUUAUUCUUUAAAAAUGAAUGAACUGAAGUCCGAGAAAAAUUACACAAUGUUUGAUGAAUGAAAAUAAUGUAUUUUUUUUUUUACAAAAUACAAAUUAUUUUUAAUUUAAACUGCUGUAUUUUUAUGUAAUUUUUAAUGUAUUAUUUUUAUUUCAUAAUGCAAAGAUUUGUAACAGAGGCUUGUAAUAAACAUCACUAAAUUAUAAAAACAAGAAAUAAUUAUUUUAAACUUUCUUUGCAUUAUACUGAAUCUAGUAUUAUUAAUAACAUGGUCUUAAUCUACAUUAACAAAAAGUCUUGUAUUCAUUAAACAAAAUUAAAAGAAACGGUAUUAUUGCAUUAAUAUUAAGUUAAACAAAAAUCCAUGCUCGAUUGAUAUAAUCGACUCUACAAAUAAAAAAAAGACCCUAAAAUUUUUGGGAUUACAAAUAUAAACAUACAUUCCGGAAUAUCGAAUCUCAUUAAAAAAAAUUAUCCAUUACACUCGACUGAUAUGUAACACAAUCGACUAUAGUAAUAAAGAAAUAAACCCUAUGAUUUUUGGAAUUAUAAAUAUAAGUAGACAAUGUAGACAUAAAUAUAAGUGGAUUAUAAAUAUAAGUUCCGGACCGAAGUAUCGGAUCACAGUCUUUUUGAGUUUGUUUUGUGAAGACACAUCGCGAUUCGUGGUUGUAGUUCAUAGUUUUCUCCGUUUCCCAUCCGUUGCAUUUUUAAACGUUAAAAUUCCAUUUAACUAGUG